UGCUUCAAAACAAAAGGAAGCCACGUCAAGCUUCGUCACGGGAAAAUAAUCUGAUAAUGUCUUCGUACAUUGUUUUUAACCCCCAAAGGUGACGAGAGACCCUGGCACGGACUUAUAACUAUCUCAGCUUGUCUUUUCUCAAUGUCGCGAUAAAAGCGUUAACACCAUCUGUGUGAUUCUCCUGGGUGUUUUUGAAAGCCUUCAGAAAGUGAACGUGAAAUCUAGUUUGCUGGAGCUCUUUCUCAAACAGUGAAAAUGGAUUCAUUCUCUGUAAAGGACAUUUCGUGUCCGGUUUGCUGUGAGAUCUUCAGGGCUCCCGUUCUUCUGUCAUGUAGUCACAGUUUCUGUAAAGAGUGUCUUCAACAGUUCUGGACAACCAAGACCACUCGGGAGUGUCCUGUCUGCUGGAGAAGAUCCUCAAGGGAUGAUCCUCCAUGUAAUCUUGUGUUAAAAAACUUGUGUGAGUCAUUUCUGAAGAAGGAAAGAAAUGAGGAGCUCUGCAGUUUACACGGUGAGAAACUCAAGCUCUUCUGUCUGGAGGACAAACAGCCUGUGUGUUUAGUGUGCAGAGACUCACAGAAACACCUCAAUCACACGUUCAGACCCAUCAGUGAAGUAGUUUCAUCUCACAAGGAAGAGCUGAAAUCCUUACAAGAAAAACUUAAACACCGAGAGAAAAUCAAAGAAGAGUGUGUGAAAAUAUGUCAACACAUUCAGUGUCAGGCGGAGCACACGGAGCGUCAGAUUAACCUGGAGUUUGAGAAGCUCCAUCAGUUUCUCAGAGAUGAAGAAGAGAUUGCACUCACCACGCUGAGGGAGGAAAAAGAGCGGAAGAAUCAGAUGAUGCAGGAGAAGUUCGAGGAGAUCAACAGACACAUCUCAGCUCUUUCACACACAAUCACAGACUUGGAGAAGAUGAUGAAUGCCAAUCAAGUGUUGUUUCUAAAGAACUUUCCGGAUGCGAUGGAGAGAGUCCAGAGCUUUCGGUCGGAUCCACAGCUGGCUUCUGGAGCUUUGAUAGACGUGGCACAUUACCUGGGAAACCUGCCAUUCAGAGCCUGGAAGAAGAUGCAAGACGUUGUCCAAAACACUGUUGAUUGUGUCUCAACAGCUCCUGUGAUUCUGGAUCCCAACACUGCUUAUCCAGGUCUCCUCUUGUCCGAUGAUCUGACCAGUCUGGUGUGCAGCACCAACAGUCAAGCGCUUCCUAAUAAUCCAGAGAGAUUCGACGAGCACUCCUGCGUUCUGGGUUCAGAGGGGUUUAACUCAGGAACGCACUGCUGGGACGUGGACGUCAAAGAGAGCUCGUCCUGGGGCCUUGGAGUAACCACGGCAUCAAACCAGAGGAAGGGUUAUGAUUUCUUUGACAGGGGUGUGUGGAGUGUGCAGCACAGACUGUUUGAAGAGUCUGGUUUUCCUGUCGAACAACAGCUGGAGCGGGUGAGAGUUCAGCUGGACUUCGACAGAGGAACGGUGUCUUUCUCUGAUCCUGUAUCUAACACUAACCUAUACACGUUCACAACCACCUUCACUGAGACCGUCUUUCCAUUCUUUUAUAGCUUUUCUCAUCUGAAGAUCUUAUAGUUGAGUUGGGGGAAGGGGUAGUUGUGGCCUAAUGGUUUGAGAUUCGGACUCGUAAUCCAAAGGUUUUGAAUUUGAGUCUCAGGCCGUAAGGAAUUGUAGUUGGGGGGAGUGUAAUGUACAGUGCUCUCUUCACCCUCAUACCACGACUGAGGAGUGUGUGUGUGUGUGUGUGUGUGUGUGUGUGUGUGUGCACUUUGGAUGGGUUAAAUGCAGAGCAUGAAUUCUGAGUAUGGGUCACCAUACUUGGCUGAAUGUCAUGUCACUUUCACUUUUUGUCACUUUUUUAGUUUGUGCUGUGAAAUGAUUAUCAGUUUGGAAGUGUUUAUUUCGUUAACGAAGACGACGGCGGAAAAUAUUCGUAAACGGAAAAAUUUUCUGUGACUAAGACGAGACAUUGACGAGAUAAAAAAAAUCUGAAGACGAAAUUAUGACGAAAUUUAUGCCGCGUCUUCGUUAACUAGACGAGACUGGACUGUAAUGUUAUUUGAGGAAUACUGGACAUUCAAAAUGCAUCCUAUUGUCUUGCAAAAUGUGCAUUCAUUAUUUGAAAUUGUCUUAAAUCACAUAUCACAUAUAUUUUUUUUAUAUCUUAUGAAGCGUGCACACAGCCACACACUAAAAAUCCUGUCAAACAGCACCUGAUUAUGGACCAAGUUAUCUUUCGAGUUUGAUUGCUCCAAUACAGUAAAAAAAAAAAAAAAAAAAGGUUUACAUAUAAACACAGCUGGUUAUGUCUAAAGUGAAAGUAAACCGCUGAGAAAAAAACGGAUGUGAUCCUGGAUAUAAGAUGUGUGCAGCAGUACUAACCAUUCUUCUGCUUGUCAUGAAAGGAUCGUUGGUUCACCCCAAAAAUAAAAAUUCUGUCAUUAUUUACUCACCCUUAUGUUGUCUGAAAGCUGUGUUAAUUUCUUUCUUGUGCUAGCAUGAAAGGAUAUUUUGAAGAAUUUAAUAUGAACACUCAAACCCAUGGCUAUCUGUUGCUUGUGAAACAAGGCAACAUUUGCAGUGUUUUCUGUGCAGAUCUUUUGGUUUUUGAAACUCUUAGGAGAAUUCCUGAGGGAAGACUUUUAUUUUAGAAGGAGAACGGCGGAUAUUUUCCUUGAGAAGAGUUUUAUUUGUGAAAGAACUAAGCUUAUUUUCUGGACACUUGAUUCUUUCUCAUUUUAUUUUAUAAAAUAAUAGCACACAGUGCCAGCUGAAACCGGAGCCAGAGAUCAGCUGAAGCAGCAACAUAUUUAUUUAUUUAUUUAUUUUCACAGUUAGAGUCGAAAAAAAUUGGAUAGUGUUCAGAUAAGCAUAAGGGGAGCAGGAACAGAUUGUAAACUAGGAAGUAAACUAGGGAUGUUCAUCUUACUCAUCCACACAGACACAUCCGGAUCUAAUAAUCAUUAUUCUUUUUUUUAUUUUUUUCACCUUGCUAUAAAAGACCCUUUACCUUGUUAUAUAACACUCUGCUUUCUAAGGUUUGGGAUACAACAUGAACACACUGAACUAUGAUAACACUAUAUAUUAGACAUUUUAGUUCAAAUUAAUAUGCAGUACAAAUGAAUAAAAAGCAGGUUUAAAAUGAUCUGAUGUUGUUUGCUCAUUUAGCAGUUCUGUGUAACUCUAAACCUGGUCAAAUUACUUUUGAAACAGUACAGUCAAGAAGUGUAACAGAAGGUCAGAAAGGUUUGGUGGCGACUCUGUUCAUUGACUGACAUAUUAAACCCUCAUUAGACACGCUUGUUAAAAACACUAAUCCCAUUCCAGGCCUCGUGAGAUUCCAGCAUUCCAACCCAGCAUCAAACUCGCUGACACAGUCACUCUAAAAACCUUAAAGGGCUCUUACGAUGCGUUUUCAAGUUUUUCC